AUGUGUGUCCAGGACCUGCGCUUGUCCUUGGAACUCACCGCUGUCCAGCCGGGACCAGAGGCAGGACCAGAGCCGGGACCAGAGGCGGGACCAGAGGCGGGACCAGAGGCGGGACCAGAGGCGGGACCAGAGGCGGGACCAGAGGCGGGACCAGAGGCGGGACCAGAGGCGGGACCAGAGGCGGGACCAGAGGCGGGACCAGAGGCAGGACCAGAGGCGGGACCAGAGGCGGGACCAGAGGCGGGACCAGAGGCGGGACCAGAGGCAGGACCAGAGGCGGGACCAGAGGCGGGACCGGCCAAAUGCAUCAACGCUGGUAUUUUGGCCUGCAUGGUCUGA